AUGUUCGUAAUUAUAAGGUCACCUGGUUACAUCCAGAACGACGAUGGCAGUGCUCAUCACAACAAAUGCCGGCCCAAUUAUAUUUCCAUCCUUGGUCUCUUGACCUCCAGUUCAAUCAUGUCUAACGAAAAGGACACUCUUUCUUCCACCAACCAUGAUGCACCUCCUCAAGUUUCCGAACCACCCCCUUCAUACGAAAGUAUCAAUGCCCUCAGCACCCUAACUCGCACCCAAGGCGCCAUCCGACUCUCACAAUCACCCCCGAGCAAUACACCCCCUCCGCCACCCUUUCGACCACCAGCACCGCCGGCAAGACAGCAUACCCGAUCCUUGAGCUCGUCGUCCGUCAGCAGCCUCAAGUCCAAGAAGAGCUGGUUCGCUUUCUCCUCGUCCUCAUCUACAUCCACACCGCCACGGCCGCCGAACGAGAUACGAUCGACGGUGCUGAACCUGGUGCGGGACCUGGUGCAGGAGCACAGCGCGGGGUCGCCGGCGGCACUGGGGAUCCUACAGAGCUGCGCGGACGCGUGCACGUCGCACUCGGUGUCGCUCGCGGAGAUCCUGCAGGACAAGUACAUCGAGAGCCACUCGCCGUUGUACUGGGCGAUCGUCAAGCGAUCGGGUGCAUCGGGGCAUGGACAGGAGGAUGGCGAGCAGGAGCCUGACCUGCUGUCUGCGCUCCUGGAACGCGCUGCCCCACUGGCGGCGGACACGAUCACCGAGCUUAGGCUGGCAUGUCUGGCGACGUCGGAUCAGGCGAUGUUCCAGCGUCUUCGUAUCCUACCACAGUUCAAGACGGUCUCGGGGGCGGACCAGAUCAUCCUAGGAGGUGCUAUUACCCCGGACGAUGUUACGGUUGAGCUCGGGGCCGGAACGGAGGGUGCGUUUUCGACGAUGUUCGUGGUGCACCAGUUCCAUAAGCGGAUGAUGAUAUCGAAGGAGAUUAGGUUGGAGUUUGUAGCGAGAAAUCGAAUAUGGCGGUUCUCGCUACUGAUAACGCCCGAUGACGCGUGGUACGGACCCCCACCUGGAUCGUGGUGUGCAUCUAUUUCGCUACAGGAGCCCAGCCCUCCGACAUGGCUCGACGCCCGUCUGGUGCUUCCCGAUGCUCAAGAUUCUCCUCUUCCACAACUGCGUCUGAAGUCAAAGCAGAUGAUGGAGGCACCACGCAAGGAUGUACCUGCGACACAGGUGGUCGUGGCGAUGGACGAUAAUCCGGCUUUCGCCAGCCUUCAGUAUUCAGGCAGCAGCUACGUUUCUGCCGAUGAGACACUGAAACUGAGAUUAGAUACGAAGCUGCGCAAGCCUGAUCCGACGGCAGUGUGA